CUCCCAUCUACCACAAUGGCGUCUCGGACAGCAACUGAGUCGACGACUGUUCAGGACGUAACACAGAUCUUUAAAAGAUAUAACGUAUAUGAAAGCUUGCAUACGGUUUUAGACAACGAAGACUCUUUCAACAGUAUCUGCGAAAUAUUGCGUGCUAUAUUUCGCUGUGCAUCAAGGAAACAGAGAAUACUGGAGAUUGCUGUCGAAGAGGGUAUAUUCCCAAAGUCGCUUUCAACUUCAGAACAAUCCACCACUUCAGAAGCCUUUCUAUUGCUAGGGCAAGCGUCAUCCUCAACUCUAGCACAUACUACAACUUCGAAUACCUCUCCGUCAGAGCAGAAUGUAAUACGAGAGCGCACUGAAACAUCAGAACAUGACCAAACUUCAGAAACCUCUCCUUCGGAUGAAGCGCAAGCGUCAUCAUCAACUCCAGAACAUACUACAACUUCGAAUACCUCUCCAUCAGAGCAGAAUGUAACACAAGGGUACACCGAAACACCACAGCACGAUCAGACGUCUUUGUCGCCAGCUCAGAGUGUAACACAAGAAUGCAUUCAGACACCACAACACGACCAGACUGGCCAGGCUUCCCAAACGUCUUUGUCGCCAGCUCAGAGUGUAACACAAGAAUGCAUUCAGACACCACAACCCGACCAGACUUGCCAAGCUUCCCAGACGUCUUUGUCGCCAGCUCAGAGUGUAACACAAGAAUGCAUUCAGACACCACAACCCGACCAGACUUGCCAAGCUUCCCAGACGUCUUUGUCGCCAGCUCAGAGUGUAACACAAGAGCGCACAGAAACACCAGGAUCAACCUCAAUUUCAGGCGAUGCUCUAAACGCAAAGCAGCUUUCACUCCCAGUAGAUGCCUCUACUCCAAAGUCUAUACCAAACUCAAGGCUAUCAGUUGAUAUUGACUUGGCUCCGGACAGUGCUAUAGAGCUCUCAGAUGCACUCCCACCACCAUACAGUUCCCUCGCUGAAUAUUCUCCUACGAGUGAACGAUCGGAUAGUGGCAUAGAGCUUUCAGAUCAUAUAUCUGAUGAGGACCUUGCGCUACCAAAUAGUCCCCGGAUUGAAAUAUCUACCACCACUGAAGAACACGAAGCAAUUAUCGAAGACCAGACAACAAUCCCAGAAAUUCCUUUUGCAGAUCGGGCAAGUACCAAGGAAAUGUCCAGUCUGUUUCGAUCAUGGAUUCAAAACCCACAAGAAAAUUUUUGGAAGAUAGAAAACUCUCUGGGGCUUAAAGAAAAAGGGGACUUUAGUGCAAGGCUCAAAUUCUUUGUUCAGAACGCUAUUAUUAAAAGGACGGCAGUCAACAUUCAGAAACUCCAGUAUAGAUUUACCUCUAUAUUGGUGUACCAGAGUUAUCGGAAGAUUAUGGAUGCUGUGCGUAUUACUCCUGCACUUACUCGACAGUUUCUCGAACGCAUCGAUAUAUCACUGGAGUCUGAGAAAGAUUGUACGCUGCUCCUUCGAGGUGGGAAAAAUCGGAUCGAAUUCCACUGCGAAAUUGCUCCUCAUAAAGAUGCUAUUGACUAUGGCCCGCAAUGCAUCCCUGAACUUAAUGACAAUCUAUGGGAUUACCCUAAAGAUGCACAUUCACGCGUGCGAGUAAAAGUUCGAAACGCUAUUGCCAAACUCCAGUCACAAAAUAUUACCUUAUGGUCGGAGAGAUCUAGAGCUCAGUUAGCAGCUAAAAGAAUACUUUGCCAUGGCCAGAAGUUCUUAGGUCUUAUAGAUGUCCAAACCAAAGACAACGAAACCAAAAGAACACUCAAUAUUAUAGAUCAGACAUCAUCAUCAAACGUAUACAAGCGUAUACACACAGAUCCAACUACUCCUCGGACAGGGUUUCAAGCUCUUUCACCAAAUAUACAUCGCAAUGCGGCUAGUUUUCAGCCAGCCAUCCAAAACAGCUCCCUGAGUAUACGUUCCAAUCAAACUUUCUCUUCCCCAGGUUUCCGACAUGGAUCUGCAAAUGUACAAGCAGAUACCUCAUCUUUUGGAAAUUGCGCGCAAAGGCGAGAUAGUUUGGAGCAAUCUCCAUACGAGGCGUCUAAUAGCGAUGCAACAAUUCCAACGGUUAGCAGCGACACGAAUAAUCCAUCUAACACUGGAAUUGCGCCUUAUCAAGGGUACACUCCAAGAAAUGAUACAUGCGAUGCCUCUAUUCGUGCUCAUGACAUUGAAGACUGCACACAAACAGGCGACGAUGCGGCCAAAAUCACCAAUGGCUACAACGACGCCGAACGUUUGGCAAACUUGGAGUUGGUCUCGGCGGUAGAUACAUUACCAAGCGAGACAGCUUACGACAGCACGUGGUAUAAUGGGUAUGAUACGCACUUAUUUGAUUUUGACUGGUAUAGCAAAAGUUUAGAUUUAGGCUCUCCCGACAGCUCAUUCAAUACGCAAGGCUUAUUUAGCACGAUGAGAUAAGUAUGUAAUAUAAAUGCAAACUAUCUUGAGCUUCUGAAAAGUUUAGUUACGUCUAGUUAGUUACGCAUUUACACAAGAUUUAUUCAAUAACAAUUAGUAGAACAAA